CGCACCACUUCACUGCAGGGAUCCGCUGCUACCAGACGCGUUAUUGGGAGUGGGAGUAGAGGAGUGAUGAGGGCUAUGUCGACAGAUUCACCUCAUCCAAAGACAUGCUCUUAUACUUUUCUCUCAUCUAAGAGCUUUGAAUAACCCCAAAAAUGAGACGCAAUCGGUGAUCUCUGUGAGAAAAAAAGGUUUAGACUUAAUACGGAUUUUUAGUUUGUUGAUGUCUCACUCGGAUAUGGCACCUAUCUGGAUCCAAUAAGAGAUUUGUUCACAGCGUCAGACGCGUCUGCGGCGGUGGAGAGACCAGUGGAGGGACUCCUCGGGAUACUUGUGCAGGUUUGCAGGAGACGGUCUCUCUUUUCGGAUAGGAGCACAGAGAGAGUCAUGGUGAACCCUCUCAUACUGGUGGUGCUCAGCUGGACUGUGCUCUCCGAGGUGGUGAGAGCUCAGAAUGACACGGAGCCAAUCGUCCUGGAGGGUAAAUGCCUGGUGGUGUGCGACUCGAACCCGGCCACGGACUGGAAGGCUUCGUCCUCUCCGCUCGGCAUCUCGGUGCGCGCCGCCAACUCCAAGGUGGCUUUCUCUGCGGUCCGGAGCAACAACCACGAGCCGUCGGAGAUGAGCAACAAAACGAGAAUAAUCUACUUCGACCAGGUUCUUGUGAAUAUAGGAAACUACUUCACGUUUGAAUCAGUUUUUUUGUCCCCGAGAAAAGGAAUCUACAGUUUUAACUUCCAUGUCAUUAAAGUGUACCAGAGCCAAACCAUACAGGUGAACUUGAUGUUGAAUGGGAAACCAGUCAUCUCUGCCUUUGCGGGUGACAAAGAUGUAACUCGUGAGGCGGCCACCAAUGGAGUUCUGCUCUAUCUAGAAAAAGAGGACAAAGUCUACUUAAAGCUGGAGAAGGGAAACCUAGUUGGUGGAUGGCAAUACUCAACAUUUUCUGGCUUUCUUGUGUUCCCUCUGUAAAAAGAAAAGAAAAGAAGAUUGUACGCUUACUGACUUCUUCAUAAUGUGUUGUCACUGUAUAAUCGAAACAUUGUCGCUGCGUCCAUUGGAUCUUGCCAAAUUGUCGAAAAAUGAUGGAUGGAAAUGGAUCCAAACAGAGAGAGGAAAUAUGACUUUGGAAAUGGUUCACAUUCGUUGGAUGUGCCGAGUCCCCGUCAAGAUGAAAGAGACUUGAAAUGUUCCCUAUCGCUACUGUAUGUUCCUGUCACUCAAGCAGCACCAGAGAGGAACACUAAAACAUCCCAAAAGUACUCUUCAACUUUGACUUGUCUGAAUAUAUUUAGCAUACUGAUUUUUAUCAUGGAAACUGUUGCAUUCAAGUACAUCUGCCUUUUGGGUGUAAAAUG